UUAUUUAUUAUUAUUACACAGACAUUUUCUGAAUUACCGAUAAUACUGCUGUUUUAUCUUUCUUGUCCGUUCCCUGAUGAUACAAAUGUCCCCUGAUUUGUAGUCUUAACUUAGAAAAGCGCAGAUGCCUACAGAAAUAUACGCCGCGAAUCAUAAGCCCAGCUUUUUUUUUUUUUUUUUUUUUUCUCUCUUGCAGAUGCACGCAUCUCAGCGCCGCUUGUCGUGCUCUGGCUCAGUCUGAAGCGGCGCGGCUGUAGCAGCACAAUAUUUGGCUUAUAACAGACACACCAGCAGUUGUCUAGAUGCGAAACGUGGGCUUUUAGGAGACGCAGUGAAAGGUCCUCCUAUUUCAACUAUGUGUGGACGGAGCAGGGCGACCUCUCUGCGUCUGUGGGCUUGCUUAGUUAUCAUAAGCAGUGUACUGAGUGGAAAAAGCUCUGGUCAGAAUGGCAUGACAGACGAACAGAGAGACAAUACAACAGUGUUCACCAAGAUCUUAGACAGCCUUCUAGAUGGCUAUGACAAUCGUCUCAGGCCAGGACUGGGAGAGCGUGUAACGGAAGUCAAGACUGACAUUUUUGUAACUAGUAUUGGGCCAGUUUCGGACCAUGACAUGGAGUACACCAUUGAUGUCUUUUUUAGACAGAGCUGGAAAGAUGAAAGAUUAAAGUUCAAAGGGCCAAUGGCCGUGUUGCGUCUCAACAACCUGAUGGCCAGCAAGAUCUGGACCCCUGAUACUUUCUUCCACAAUGGCAAGAAAUCAGUCGCCCAUAACAUGACCAUGCCAAACAAGCUUCUGCGAAUUACAGAGGAAGGAACACUGCUUUACACCAUGAGGCUUACAGUAAGAGCAGAAUGUCCUAUGCAUCUAGAAGACUUCCCUAUGGAUGCCCAUGCUUGUCCCCUGAAAUUUGGCAGCUAUGCCUAUACUAGAGCAGAGGUAGUAUACGUAUGGACCAGAGGGGCUGCUCAGUCUGUUGUGGUGGCAGAAGAUGGCUCCCGGUUAAACCAGUAUGAUCUGAUGGGUCAGAGUGUGGAUUCUGGUGUGGUGCAGUCAAGCACAGGAGAGUAUGUCGUGAUGACAACCCACUUCCUCCUGAAGAGAAAAAUAGGUUACUUUGUGAUCCAGACAUAUCUACCCUGCAUCAUGACAGUUAUUCUCUCCCAAGUGUCCUUCUGGCUCAACAGAGAGUCUGUCCCUGCCAGAACUGUCUUUGGAGUGACUACUGUCCUCACCAUGACUACUCUCAGUAUCAGCGCCAGAAACUCUCUCCCUAAAGUGGCCUAUGCCACAGCUAUGGACUGGUUCAUCGCUGUUUGCUACGCCUUUGUGUUCUCUGCCCUCAUUGAGUUUGCCACAGUCAACUACUUCACCAAGAGGGGUUAUGCUUGGGAUGGAAAGAGUGUGGUCCCUGAGAAGCAAAAGAAGAAGAAGGAGUCUCUCUUGAAGAAGAAUAACACAACAGCUUACCCCCCUACCACUGCGACACCAUUUGCACCCAAUCCUGCCAGGAACCCUGGAUUGGCCACAAUCGCCAAAAGUGCUCCUCCACCCCCAGAUGAGCCCAAGGAGGAGCCAAAACCCAAGCCCCCAGAGGCCAAGAAGACCUUUAACAGUGUGAGCAAGAUAGACAGGAUUGCCAGAAUAGCCUUCCCUCUGCUCUUUGGAACCUUUAACUUGGUCUACUGGGCAACCUACUUGAAUAAGAAGCCCAAAUUGCAAGGGGUCAAUCACACCUAAUCCAUCUUUUUUGUCCUUUUAACUCCUUAUUUUAUUUAUUUUUUGUUCCUUUAACUAAAAAGGUUAUUUUGAGAUAAACAUUGCGUCCACUCUGGUUUGAAUACCCAGUUAUUGCAUUGCUUCUAUGUUUAUCUAAACUUUGAAGAUCUAAAAAGAAACAUUACAGAAAAAAAUAAUAAUUCAGACUUUUGAAAGGGUGUGUUCAGGUCCAAGAGGAUGCUACUACAAAAUACUAUAACUAUCUAGCCAAGUGAACGAUAUUCUGUGUCAUUGCCCAAGUUUAUCCUGUGGCAACACUUCUGUUUACUUGUUUGAUUAUCUCCCUUUUUUUUCUUUAUUUUCUUUAACCUUUUUAAAACACGAAAUUACGGAUAGUAUAAAGGCACCUGUGAAUAUGCAUGGGAAGGACAUUCUAUGAUUUCUAUUUGUUCUAUCCAAAUUCAGAGCCGUGUUGACUGAUGGCUUGGGUUAUUUGAUGUCACCAGUGCUACGCUCAUUCUUUCUUAAAUAUAUCUUCCAUUCUAGGUAUAAUGUUUAUUAGAUUGUGUCAUUCUUGAAAAAAUAUAUAUAUUUUAUUGUUUUCCUGCAAUAGCAAUAAAACAUGUCUCAGUAGACACCGUUUAUUUAGUGGACAAAAAGAUACAAAGUUUGAAUCAUCUCUGUGCUCAGAACUAAAAAUAUAUGGAUUUCCUUUCACUUUAUUGUAAAUAUUAUCAAGUGUUAGAGAUGUCUUUAUUAUACUUAAGCUUUGCGAAGUGUAACUAAAUGGGUGUUAACAGAAUCAACCGAAAGGUAACCUUUUUUUUUUCUCCCAUUUUGUUUCUGUUUAUCUCUAAACAAAUGGAGCAUAAACUGAGACCAUAAUGUUUGAGUGACUGUUUCUCACCUAGUCAACAUUCCACACUAAAUCUGUUUCAAAUUGUAUUUAAAUAUUAUUCAGCUCGGUGUUUGUGACCACACAAAAGCACCAACAGCAACAUUAAAAUAAUUUCUAUUGAUGGCUAGUUGUAAGCAAGAAUGUAGAACCAUCGCAAUUAUCGGAAUUAAACACAGCAUUUGUUGACACUUUUUUCUUUCUGUUUAUUUUUAAUUACUUUUCAAUUUUGAGUAUAUUAGGUGGGAUCUCUUGCUAAGAAUUAAAAAACAUUUAUAGAAUUGCAUAGUUCGAAUCAGUACAAAAAAAAAAGUAGUGGGGCACAUUGAGAUGGGGGAGAAGUGCCUUUAUCAUUUCCAAAAUUGAACUUACAGAAGAUUUGUAGAUAGAUGGCACAUCCUUAUUUUCCAUCCCACUGAAUCCCAAACAUUGACCACGUUUACUACAGCUUCCAGAUUCACUGGAAAAAAAAUUGAGACAAUACUCAGAAAGUACCAGCUACACUGCCUUUCAGUAUCACAUGCUCAGUUCGGAGUCAUUUUGUUGCUGCUUGUUCGGUUAGCAACGAGAGACGAGGACAGAGAAUGAAAGAGACAAAAGGGGUAAAAAGACAAUGAGUUGAAGUGGCAUUGAAUCUUAGGUAAGUCGGCGCUGUGUUCUGCACAGAGAACUUGUCUUGUAGUUCUACGACAGUGAUGAAGACAAAUAUAUUUUUGUAGCAUGAUGUCAAUCCCUCUUCCAACCAACGUAAAGUGAAAAUAGUAUUCGAAUUUGAGUUUUCAACAUUGUUUGCUUCCUUUUCCUUGUUUGAAUAAAAAAAACACAGACUUUUAAAAAAUGCUUCUCCUCUGAUGUGACAUGUAAAGGUUUCUAAACAGUCCAAAUUUAAAUUAUGUUGAUGUAGCAAUAUUCAUUAGUAAGGGCUUUUCUUAGGACCUGAACCUGACACUCAGUCUUGGGGGUGAUAUCCGUUGUAGCUUUACACUUACCCAUCUGUACUUGUAGUUUCAUGUGUGCUGGACAUGGAAAAUUAUCUUUUGAUAUGUGGGUAAAAAUACCAGGCUUUAUGUCAUCUUGGGUUAUGAAUCCUUCAGCUGCAAUUCUGACCUUCCUUAACAAAAUUAGAUAAUCACAGUGCUACUUUGUGUUUCCUUAGUGUGCUGUGCUGAAUGUAUUUUACAUUAGAUUGACUUAAACCACAUACAUAUGAUAACUGUAGGGCUGUCCCUACGAAACCUUGCAAAAAUGAAUACUCCUUGUACUUUUUUUUUAACAUUUUCUUGUGCUGGCAAGGUAUGUUAUUCAGACUUUAUAUGAUUCAACAACACACAGUAGUAUAUAAAUGUCAAGUGGAAGGAAAGAGGAACAAAUUCUUCUUAUUUGUGGGACGUACAUUUGUAUUCAACCCCCAAAGUCGAUAUUUUUAAAACCUUUUGGGAAAUGUCUCUUAGAUCUGCAUUGAAUUUCUAUCCUUUUCCUGUUACAAAGAAACCAAAAUGGAUAGUGAGUGUCUAUAAUAGUAUUUCUGGUCUUGCAAGAGACUGUCAAUUGAAUCUAGUUGCAUCCAGCACAGUCUCGAGUCCAAAAGACAACUAUACGGUUUUCCUCCACAAUUAUUGUUUAUUCUACUAUAAUUUCUGAGCACCUUCCCAGGUUUGCAGAAAACAAACAACACAAAAAAACCCUCGCAGGAUUAUUUAAAGUAGUUGCUACCAUGCUUUACCAUAAUAAAGGCUUGGUUUUCUAGUACAUUUAAACAAUACUCAGUAAAAUGUUGGAAAUUGUCUUUUUUUUUUUUAUGUCUUACUGUAGCUUAAAUCAAAUUCUAUUCCUGACCAAGCUGUUGUGUUCCUUGGUCUUUAUUGUGUUUGCUGAUGUCUAAUGUUAAAGGCCUAACCUCUAAGGCCUUCAAAAACAGCUGACUCUAUGACAAGAUUAAAUUAUACACUGCUGUUUACUGUUUAGAUUGUUUAGGAAAUCAUUUUGCAACGCAUUUUUUUUAGGUAUCAGAGUAAGAAGGGUUGAAUACAUAUGCAAACCACACAAGUUUUUAUUGCUAAAAACCAUGUGCGAUCUACAUGUACCUUUCACUUAUCAAAUAUGUACCACUUUGUGUUUGUCUCAUGAAAUUUAAAUGCAAUUGAUUCAAGUUUGACUUUGAAAUGUGAAAACAGUGGAAAAGUUCAAGGUGUUUGAAAACUUUGCAGGGGAAUGCAUUUUUUGUUGUGCUUUCUAAAACUUACUCUGCUACCUGAAGGAACAGAAGAAUUGAUCACGCUUUUUUUGUACUGUACUUCACGUCACUGUUUUGAUCACAUUUAAUUUAACCCUGGAUGGAACGCUUUUUGCAAGCAUAUGCAGUCCACUCUUCACAGCCACUUUACCUACAGGCAGAGGGUCGAGGAACUUUGAGGUUCAGGAUAAAGAGUUGUACAAAGAUGUUUGAAGUAAAAAAAAAGAAAAUGUACUUUAUUAUCAUGAUGAAAUAUAUAUAUAUAGAUAUAUACAUAUGUAAAAUACAUGAUACAGCAUUUGAUUAUAUUAUUGACAAAUUAGCAAAGAUGAUAAAUAUUGUUUGUAUUAACAACCUAUUGUUAUGCAUUUUGCACAUUUAAAAAGAACAAUAACAUUACGUUUAUGUAGUCAAUUACGUGCUAUGCAAGGACAGCUUGAAACACGUCAUUGACCUUUUUCUUCAUUACCAUUGAAAUUUAGAUUUGCUAGUUGUAAUGAUAAAAAAAAUUAUAAAUAUAUAUAUUUAGCUUAGCUUGAAUAUCCAUCGCACACCAAUUAUCUUGUUUCUUUGCUCCCAAGGAUGGCCAUACAGGGUGACUUUGAAAAACACAAAAGAUUAUCUCUUGUUUGUGCUAGGGGUUUGUAUUUGGUCGGAAAAAAAUGACUUUCGAUGUUCAUUGCACUUUUUCUCUUGGGUCGUGCAAUAAAGGGAUUGAGCUGAAUGAAAAAAAAUAUAAUUAGAAGCAAAAUUGUAACAAAAUCCCCCUGGUACGAAAACAUGCAUGCAGGUUUUAGAGCUCUGUUUUUUGUUGUUGCUUUUUGUUAAUUGUUUUUGGUAAAUUACAAAACUUAAGGGAGGUAAACAUUUAAUUUUAUGAAAUGAUUUUUACUUAAUCAAUUUGCUAAAGACAAACGACCACUAAAUUCAACAUUAUUUCUGACUUUACUAGUUAAAAUGAACAAAUAAAUGUGAAUUUUUUACAAUUUUAAAGUUAGAAGCAUAUUGCCUAUGUAUUCAGAGAAGGAACUAACAGCGCCUAAAUACCAUAUUCAAAUAUCUAUUGUCUUUUUUGCCAGUUCUGGUUUUGAUACAUUUAUCUCUAAGAAUGUGAAAUUUAAGGCACAGUGCAGCCAUGAGCUUCCUACUAUUACCUUCACCUAUUUCAAAUGUAAAUAUCACAUACCCAUGGGUACAAGGCAGUUUUCAUCAGCACAUGCUUUCAAACACUCUUCGGUCUUUUGGUUAUUCCUUGGUACCUGCUGGAGUAUUUUUCUUGUAUUUUCAUCAAGCAUAAUAUAUGCUGAUUUUCACAUAAAAGAACUUUAAAAAUAGUAAUUUUCCAAAGCACAAAAGGUUGAUUAGGGUGAAAGAACCUACUACAAGAUUGAAUUCAUAUGGACAUUCGAAAAACACCCAAAAUGCACACAAGUUCAAAUAUUCACAUGCGCCAGAUAUGCUGGUAGUUCAGUGAUACUGAUGGAGGGUUGUGAUUGAUGUAGAUGAAUUGGUAAACCUUCUGUAAAUGUUCUUUUUUUCUUUUUGUUUUGGUUAUGACAUGGCCCUGUAAAUCCUGAUUCUCUGCAUUAGUCUUUAAAUAAAAAGAA